AUGUCGAAGCGUGUCGCCGACGAGAAUGGCGACGGCCCGCUCAAAGGUGGUGACCGCCCUGAGGCCAUGGAUAUCGACGACAAAGAAAUGGGCGAUUUCGAAGACGAAUUCGAGGACGAGUUUGAGAGCGAGGACGAGAUCUUGGAGGCUGGUGUUGAUGGUCGACCUGAUGCCGAGCGCGAAGCCGAAGAGAAGGCCGCCGCCAUGGACGUUGACCAAGGCACCUUCAUUGUCGGACGGAACAAGCUAGAACCUGGGCAGACCCUAGCGCCUGAUUUGUCCACCUACGAGAUGCUUCACAACCUCAGCACGCCCUGGCCCUGUUUGUCCUUUGACAUUGUCCGAGACGCCCUUGGAGACAACCGAAAAGCUUACCCUGCCACCAUGUACAUGGUCGCUGGCACACAGGCUGAGACAGGCAAAGCCUCCGACAAUCAGCUGAUGGUCAACAAGUUCAGCGGCCUGAGCAGAAUGGAGAAGCAUGACGACGAGGACUCUGAUGACGAUGACGACGACGAAGAUUCCGAUCCCAUUCUGGAGAGCAAGUCUAUUCCUCUCAACUCCACCACCAACCGUAUUCGCGCACACCAGAUUCCCAGCAGCGAGCCAGGACGCCCCCCGACGACCUUGACUGCCACCAUGACCGAGUCGACCAAUGUGUUUAUUCACGACGUCACCCCUCACCUAGCCUCAUUUGACAACCCCGGGACUACCAUCACGGCUCAGAAGAACAAGCCCAUUUCCACCAUUCGCGCGCACAAGUCUGAGGGCUACGCUGUCGACUGGUCCCCCAUGAUCCCCAGCGGCAAGCUUUUGACCGGCGACAAUGACGGUCUCAUCUACGUGACGACCCGUACCGACGGCGGCGGCUGGGUCACCGACAACAGACCUUUCCAGGGCCACACCAGCAGUGUCGAGGAGAUCCAGUGGUCACCGUCGGAGCAGUCCGUGUUUGCUUCAGCUUCCAGCGACGGAAGUAUUCGUAUCUGGGACGUUCGAUCAAAGUCCCGAAAGCCGGCCAUCACCGUCCAAGUUUCCAAAUACGAUGUCAACGUCAUGUCCUGGUCCCGACAAACCAGCCACCUGCUCGCCUCUGGAGCCGAUGACGGCACCUGGGGUGUCUGGGACUUGCGGCAGUGGAAGGCCAGCACCGACAAGCCUCAGCCACUUGCCAGCUUCGACUUCCACAAGGAGCAGAUCACCAGCCUGGAAUGGCACCCCACCGACGACUCCAUCAUGGCCGUCGCCGCUGGCGAUAGCACCGUCACUCUGUGGGAUCUGGCGGUGGAACUGGACGACGAGGAGAGCAAGGACACUGCUGGGGUCAAAGACGUGCCGCCGCAGCUGUUGUUUGUGCAUUAUCUCAAGGAUGCCAAGGAGGUUCACUGGCACCCCCAGAUCACCGGGAGCCUGGUGGCGACCGGCGAGGAGUUUAGCGUAUUCCGAACAAUCAGCGUGUAA